UGUUCAGCUGCAACAGAGUUAGCUAAGUAAGAAGCCAGCAAGCCCCUCUUCAGAGAUGGAGUGGAAGUUAGAAAGAUUCGCAGCCCGGAAGGUCAAGACGGAUGAAAGUGUGUUGUGGGAGCAAAUAAUGAAAACUCUGGGGACAAACCUCCAACAGACCCGAAACCUAAGUUUGCAGAUUCUGACUAAGGACAUCACUGACACCAAGCAGGGCAGGAGACAAACAUCACAGGUGGACAAUCAAUAUUUCCCAAUAACUGAGACUCCAGGCAAGACUUCCUAUUCACAUUUUAAAAGUUGCCUUGUGAAGAAGCUAGCAUCAUCUCCAGUUGCUAGUAGCCCAAUUUCCACAAGGUGGCAGCAGUCACGCAGCAGAAACCAAGUGGAGCAAAGUUUUGCAGAGAGUCCUCCUACCUCAGAUGAUGGACCUGAUCUGAUGAAAAUCACGACAGUUCCAAGUCAGUGCACAGAGAUGGGUGAUUCCCUCAGUGUAAAGGGGUUAUUCUAGUCAUUACUCCAUAACUCCAGAUUAAUAAAUGCAAAAAAACUUGAAAAUGAUAUGCAGGUGGUAUUUUAACACCUAAUAAACUAGCCAAGAUGUACAAGACUAUAUAUCAAGUAAAUGUUGGAAAUGCAAACAGUCUGAAGGAUCAUUUUUUCCAUAUGUGGUGGACUUGUAGAAAAGCAGCAGGCUUUUGGGAAAUGAUACACAAUGAAUUGAACAAGAUGUUUAAAAUUGUGACCCCCCACCAAAAAAGUCUGAACCAUUUCUUUUGGGAAUAAUAUCGGGCAGAAGUCCCCAAAAAGUUGGUUAAAUUGUUUACCUAUGCUACCACAGAUCAUGUCCUCCCUCA